CUGGGCAGCGCUCCCGUCGCGGUCAUAUCGCGAAGGGUGUCCGAAGUGCGCACGCGUUCACGGCGGGAAAAUUAAUUAAAAAGUUUUGACAAGACAUUUACUUUUUAAUUUGUGUAAAUAUUUUAGUUGACGUAAGUUUCAAAAAGUUAAGAUGACAACGUUCAUAAGGAAAAUGUGGAAAAAUCGCUCCAAACAUAAAAAACUAGAAGAAUGGGCGCUAGCAGAAUGCGAGGGCGAGAGUUGGUGGCGCGAGGCUCGGGAGUCGACCGGCAAGGAAGCUUCGGUGGACGUGCGAUACGCUGGUAUGGUGCCCGUUGAGCGCGCCGCCUCCGCGCCCGCUACCGCCAUCGCUGUCCGCUCCGCCUUACACUCCGCCAAGACUUUAAACAAGAAGUUGCAGCGAGUGAGCCUGGACAUCAGCGCCAAGGGCAUCGUGGUCACAGAUGCCGACACCCACGACAAUGUGCUCAGCAUAUCCAUCUACAGGAUCUCGUACUGCUCAGCAGACGCAGCCAACGCUCGCGUUUUUGCUGUGGUGGAGGGCCGUGGCUGCGAGCACGUCGCGCACGUAUUCACGUGCCCGAGGAGUCGGCACGCACGUGCACUAGCGCUGGCUCUGGCGCACGCCUUCAAUGACGCCUAUCAGGCUUGGCAAAAUAACCACCAAGGCAGCUCCCUACAGCGCAGCGACAAACGCUCAUCACCUUGGGAGCGGUUUCACUCAGAAUCCGACGAGGAAGAGUUGGAAGACGAGCAGUGGCAGGCGCAGGCUCCGUUAGUCACAUUCGCGUAAAUGAGAAUUAGGGCUCAUUUACACGGUGUGACACUGACAACUUUUAAUUACAUUGCAGCUUUUGAAUGGUCCUCUGACUAAGAGGUACCCUCAACAGUCCGUAACUAAAGUCGGUCAAGCAAAUCUCGUCUUGUCAAGUUGUCACUAAAAAAGGCGCGCGGCAAAUAUUUAUGAAAAAUGAAGGGCUCACCCGGCUUAUAUAAAGCGUGUGCCUUUCUAAACGUUGGUGGAAUCACCGACGAGCCAAAAAAUAUUGAAAUUGUGGAAGCGAAGGUUUAGAAAAUUUGAAUUUCGCGGCUUUUUAGUGCCAACGUUUGCUUGACCGUCUAUAAAAUUGCAUAAGUGUUGCGCACUGUGUAAAUCGACCCUUAGGAUUAGGACAUAUUCGCUAGGCUGAAUACUCAAGACAGAGUGACAUGAAAACACGAUAGACACGUGGUCGGCAUACUUUUCAGAAGGAGAUAAAAUACAACUGUUGUAAGAGUCUCAAAUGAUUAUUAUGUGAGCAAAAGAUUUGUACGAGUUUUAAAAACUGUAAAUAUUGUACCUACUUCCCACUGUGGUGACACCACUCACUAGCAUUUCCCGAAAGUCGGCGUCUAUGUAGUAAUAGCUCAGCUAAAUAACUAAUAUAACCUUAUCCUCUCAGGUUGAAUAAUC